AGUAAUAAAUGAAUAAAGUAGUGAAUGAAUAAGGUGCAUCAUUACCAAUGAUAGCAAUUACUGCUGGUGCCAAACAAAAGAAUAAGUUCAAAGUCAAAUGCAUUUAGAAAAAAGGCUGAGUUAGUUAAAACAAAAACAGCCUCAAUUAUUUGUUUAGCCUUUAAGUUAGGUUUGACAACUUUCAUCAGCUUUUCACAAAAAAAGAAGAAACCUGCUUGUCAGGCAAAGGUACAUUAGCCUGGAGGCUAACAUGACACAUGCGAUGCUAGUUGCCAAAAUUAAUAAUAUUUUCAAUAUCAAGUUAACAGAUUAUUUGCUAUAAUAGGCUACAUGAUUAUAUGACACUGAAAAUUAACUAUAAUUGUUCUUAAGUUUGGUAAACUAAAAAAACGGGAAGAAGGAAGAGGUACUGAUAGUUUUGUGUUUGCAUUGUGCUUUACUAUUACCGUAAAUGUAAUUUAAUAGACAUUACGGUUAAUGUAGCACCAUGCAACGUGUAAUAAAAACUUUUCAAAAUUAAACAUUAAUCAGGAUAUAGUAUAAUAUUGCUAAUCUAUAUUAUAUGUUUGUAUUUUUAAUCCAUAAUUAUUGUAUUAUUUUAACGAGGUAAAGCUAUAAAAUACAUAGAUAUACAUACAUACAUGCAUAUGUAUAAAAUAAAACACGCGCACACGUGGUCAUAUGCAGCAUCUCCCAGUUGCGCGCGCACAGGUGCAUUGAGUCAAUUAACAUUCAGUUUAUCAGGACUGAAGACUGGAAGAGUUUGACUUCGCAAGGUUAUGGCGCGGAGUAAGUUAUUUUAAAAUGAUUUUAUAUAUGGUGUUUUUUGUCAGUCCCUUUUUCUGACUUGAAUGUGUCGAAUAGAGAAAGCGAGCGAGUUUUACUGGGUGCCGCCAUUCAAAAGUGACUGUGAGGAGCUGCUGGGUCGCUUUCAGCUGAGCGAGUCUGUGCGGUUUGAGGUGUUUUCGGCUAUCUGGAGGGAGCUGGACUUCUCUAGCGUGUUUUUUGGAAUUAGUUCCAAAAGUGAGAAGAGGUCCUUCACACGGCUUACUUUCACCACAGCCUACAGUUACCUUCUGCCCCCAUACAGCUUUCAAAUUCGUGUCGGGGCUUUGUAUCUGAUCUAUGGCCUCUAUUAUAUGCAACCUGCUUGGCCUAAAGAAAAGAUCAGAAUUGCUCUGAAGGACUGGUAUGAUUUGCAGAAGCUUGUCGUGGAUGCAAAAAGUUGCCAGCAUCUGGAUAUUGUUUACAUCUUUAAAAGGCUUUUGUUAGAGAAGGCCUUUUAUUUCACUGCUUUGCCUAAGAAGCUAACAUUUCAAUCAAGUGAACGCAUUCAGCAUCAUGUAAAUGAAGAAUUUCGGGGCUGCCGAGAUGCAGUGGGUGAAGUUGCUUCAGUUGAUAUGCUAGACGAGAUUGCCAAUGUGCACGGUCAUUAUGAAAGACUGAAGAAAUUGUCACUGCCCACAUCGCUUGGAGUGACCCUGAUUAAUCUGACAGAUUCUAUUGGACAUUGUGUUCUUGAGUACCGAAAGUGGCAGGAAGAAAUCGCAGCUGCAAAGAAGAAAGACUCCAAACAGACUGAGACUACUCAGAAAUCAGAGGCAAGUUAAAACCUGAUUGGAACUUCCCGUAGUAAAGACACAAUUUAUAUGGAUUUUUUUUCUUGAACUGAAAUCCUUUUGGUUUUGUUUCUGCAGUCCACCAGUAGAGCUGAUAUGCUUGCCGCCAUCAAGUCUAAAUCGUGUAGUCAUGCGUCAAAGGGAACAAGAUCCAGGCGCCACAGACCAGUUGAGAUAGCUACUACGUCAAAUUCUGGAAGUGAUCAAGCCUUGUUGAAAAGUCAUGUGAGACCGCCUUCUCUAAAGACCAGGACCUAUAAUCAUUUUGGAAAACCAGGAGAGCCAGAACAGACGAAAGACUGGCUUUUGAGUGUGAAGGAGGAAGACACCAGGGCAUUGAAACGCAAAGAUUCGCGAAGAUUCAAGUGGCACAGUAACUAAAUGGACUGGACAGAGCCGUUAAAAGUCUGUAUAUUUGCAUCUAUGCUUUUCAUAUUACAGUUGUCUAGUAUUGCAUUGUGCAUUAUUACUAGUUUUACAACUACACGGGUUUUUUUCUUUCCAUAUUUUUUCUCUGUUGAAGUAUUUCACUAUUUCUUACAAU